UUAAACGGCUCCUCGCGACAGGGACCCGUGCGCGCGCGCGACACGCUCUGUCACACCUGAGGCACCGAGGAUGAAAUCGCCUGAAAUGAAACCGAAGAGCUCGUCUCACAUCAGCCAAGCGGACACAGAGCUCAGCGAAGUUCUGUUUGAGUUUGACGCGGUCAUUGAGGACUUCUCGUCCCCGGUGGAGAGGAGACAUUUCAGUUACGAGGAGCACCUGAGGAAGAUGAAGAGACUGAGCGGCUCCAGCGCCGGGGACUCGGACAGUGCAGAAUCCUUUGGCCGACACAGUUUCAGCUUCAGUGAUGAGAAGCUCAACUCGCCUGCUGUGUUCUCUCCCGUGUGUGUUUCCCCCUCCACACCAUUCCCAAAAGCUAAACUUGGCGACACGAAGGAGCUUGAAGACUUCAUUGCAGACCUGGACAAGACAAUAGAAAGCAUGUGAUCUCAAGACAGCACUAUUUUUCACAGAGAAGCUUUAAAAGUCUACAAACGCACCCUUUUGCGCUCCAACAAAGAAACCUUAUACUAGUGCAGCUCCAUCUUUCAUGGAAUAUUCCUCUCCUGCCACAGGAAAAAUUUCAUCUGUGUAAUUUAAAU